GAGCUAAAGCACUUUAGGACCCAUACCAUGUCUCCUCAGUAGCCCCAUGAUGUGAUCUACAAUUUUUUUCACCCACUAAUAUUUUGUUCUCUUCUUCCUUAUAUUUCUUCCCUUUCUUGCGAUCAAUUAGAGACUGUUUAGAAACUAUUUUGCAGGCUAGCUUGAUGUCAAGCAGCAAAGGAAAAGAUGUAGCAGAAGGAUCAAGAUCUUCUGCUGGUGGUGGUAGUAGUACUGGUAGUGGUGGUGGUGAUCAACAGCAUCAGCCACCUCAACUGAGCCGCUAUGAAUCACAAAAGAGGCGGGACUGGAACACCUUUGGUCAGUACUUGAGGAACCAAAGACCCCCAGUGGCACUUUCACAGUGCAACUCCAAUCACGUGCUUGAGUUCCUGCAGUAUCUGGAUCAGUUUGGAAAGACAAAGGUUCAUUUACAAGGUUGUGUCUUCUUUGGACAACCUGAGCCCCCUGGUCCUUGCAUUUGCCCACUUAGACAAGCAUGGGGCAGCCUAGAUGCCCUCAUCGGCCGACUUAGAGCUGCUUAUGAAGAAAACGGUGGCUUGCCUGAGACAAACCCUUUUGCUAGCGGUGCUAUCCGUGUUUAUUUGCGCGAUGUGAGGGAUUCUCAAGCCAAGGCUCGAGGUAUCCCCUAUAAGAAGAAAAAGAAGAAGAGAAAUCCAAUGAAGGCCAGCGACGAUAACUCCAACUUUCCUAUGCAGUAAUUUUGGUUUCCUUGCCUAUCCUAAGAAGUGUAUAUCAAUGAAGGAAACGCCUCAAAGCUGGCAUAAUCUUAACAAAUUCUCGUCUUUGAAGAUCUCAGGACAGUAGAUGAUGAACCAAAUACCUGUUCACUUUGUUGUCGGGCUCUUAUGUACAGAAUUCUCUUUUGUUUAUUUUUAUCUUUUCUAAUUCUAUGAAUUUCUGUCUUUGGAAUGCCAUAUAUAUAUAUGCAACUGACCUCUGUACAUCAAGUUGCCUUGUCUCCAUUGGAUUUGUACUGAUAUUGACAUCAUAAUAUACAUACAUAGAUACAAAUAUAUAUAUAUAUAUAUAUAUGUGUGUGUGUGUGUGUAAAAGACCUGAUAUUGUAUACGGUCUGUAGUUGACAGCUAGCGUUUUAAGGAUGAGUAUCUAGAUCUAUUCCUUAGCGAAAAUAGUCAUAUGUAAGAUGUCAUGAGCAUGUUCAUAGGAGUACCGUGUAGAUGGGUGACCAGAUUUGUGGAAUAACUUCUAGUAUCAGUACCAUAAGUACAACAUGCAGUUCAGCACGUCCAAAUUAUUGACAAAUACGAUGCUUCCUCGAAAUAGCUAGCUAGCAGUACAUUUAUAUCAAUUUUUCAGUGCAUGGCAUUGUAUACUCUUAUCCAUCAAAUUUUCCUUGAAGUCAUAAGUGUAUAACCCACCCAAUUUCUAAA